ACAGUUUGUAGUGAGUAAAACACCCAGCUUUCGUGCAUUUUCAGGCGUUUGUCUACUAUUUUUCGUAACUGGGCUACAUUUCAUUGUUCUUAGGUGAUGUUUGUCGCGUUAAAAUAAAUCAACAGACGUUAGUCCAGUAAUAAUCAGAAUAUAAUCGCCAGCUCUGCAGCAGGUUCCUGCAAUGGAAAAGUUUGUGGUUCGGGAACAGCAUAAACGUUCCUGCCCCAGCGAUGCAAGAAGCCCACAGAAGAAGGUCAAAUUGGAGGGUGAUGAGAGAAUGAAGCAGGAGGAAGAGGAGGAAGAAGACAAAUAUUUCACUUCAGAGGAUUUCUCUCAUCCUGUUCCCUGGCAAAAAAUCGAGGCAGAGGGGCUCGACUGUGAUUACGCUCUGCUGUUCCCCAAAGAGGAAGCAGACCUCCUUUUUAAACAGCUGGAGGAGGAAGUCGUGUACUCAACAGGGGAGGAAGCAAAGGUCCUGGUGUUUGGAAAGGUGUACAGUAUACCAAGAAAGCAGGCCGCAUAUGGAGAUGCAGGCCUAACCUACACUUACUCUGGGGUGACGCGUUUAGCCAACCUGUGGACCCCAACCAUGGAACAUAUUCGGGAUGCCGUCACAAAAGCAACUGGGCAAACAUUUAACUUUGUUCUGAUCAACAGGUACAAAGAUGGGCAGGAUCACAUGGGGGAGCACCGUGAUGAUGAGAAGGAGCUGGACCCCCUCUGUCCCAUCGCCUCCGUCUCUCUGGGGGCAGCGCGAGACUUUAUCUUCCGGCACAGAGAUGCUCGGGGAAAACACAUGCAACGACGCAUUGAACCUGUGAAGCUGCAGCUGGCUCAUGGAAGCCUGCUCCUCAUGAACUCCCCAACCAACACUUUCUGGUACCACAGCCUCCCUGUUCGCAAGAAGAUUUCCCUGCCUCGUAUAAACCUCACUUUUAGACGCAUCCUACCUGACAAAAAGAAAUGAUCGAGUGUGGAUUAUCAGUGGGUCCAAGAAACAUCUGACUAAUGCAAUAAUGUGUCUGAAGAAAGAGAACAAUAAAAUAAACACUAGACAGUUCAUUCCUUCUCACUAAGUGCAGAGCUUGUAGCACAUUUAGCUUCUUGUGUUGAUUGUUCAUGGACUUUGAUGGUGGAUCGCUUUAAGCCGUUAACAUGUUGUAUUUGAAAGAGAGUUUUGUGCUGUUCUAAAGAAGAUCCACAGUGGAGCUUUUAACCCCAUCUUAACGUCCAAAUCAAUCUUAUUAACGUUUGUCUGUCUCACACAGGAUUACUUAUCUCUUUAACUUAUGUGUUAUUCUUGUAAAACAUGUACUGCUUAUAUCUGUAGAAAAGCAAUUUAGUUUGAAACCCUUCAGUUAGGAGUUCAUGUUCAGUUUACAGAAAAUUCCUACAUGUGGUGGAGAUUCAGUGUUUUCAUCGAGGACACUUGAGAAAGUGUGUAGGCGUGUCUACUGGCACACAAUCUGUUGUCUGACAGGCAGCGAAUAAUUAUUUUGGUCUAACAAAAUAAAACUUCCAAGUGCA